AUGGCGGCCGUUACCACAGCCACCGCCGCCGCGUCCUCCUCCUCCUUCCUCCACCGCCGAAGCCCCGCCCACUGCCGGCGCGCCACGCUCGGCGCCGCGGCGUGGCACUGCCGCCACUCCAGCUCCAGGCUCGCCUGCCGCGCCGCCGAGGUGUCCGGGGCCGAGCCGACCUCGGCCGCGCCGGCGGCGGAGGGCGCGGGAGGAGGCGGGGGUGCGUCGUGGGUGCCGGUGGUGCCGCUCGCCGCGCUGCCGCGCGGGGAGCGCCGCGUGAUCGUGCAGGACGGGGAGGAGAUCCUGCUGCUCUGGUACAAGGACCAGGUCUUCGCCAUCGAGAACCGGUCGCCAGCGGAGGGCGCCUACACUGAGGGUCUUCUCAACGCCAAGCUCACGCAGGAUGGGUGCAUUGUUUGCCCAUCAACAGACAGUACAUUUGACCUUCGCACUGGGGAAAUAAAAGAAUGGUAUCCCAAAAACCCUGUCCUAAGGGCUCUUACGCCGGCUUUGAGGAAACUAUUCACUUACCGUGUGAAAACAGAUGAAGAAAACAUAUACAUCAGCAUCAGUGGGUCUGAUAGUGUAGGAUCAGCGGAGAUUAUAUUUAGUGGGAAAGCUCAACCUGGCGUUACUGCAUCAGAUGUCAAUGUGGAAGAGGUGAGAAUGAUAGUCGACGAGGAUGUCGGAGGUUUCGGUUUCACCAGCGAGAAUGAGCUGAUCAAUGGAAAAGCCGCUAUAAUUGGCUUUCUCUUGUUGAUAGAUUUCGAGCUUUUAACUGGCAAGGGCCUUCUCAAGGGGACUGGUUUCUUGGACUUCAUCUAUGCAGUUUCGGGAGCUUUUAACUGA